AAAAUGCAUUCCCUCAAUCUCCUUUGCCUGAUGAUCAGCGCCUGCCUGGUGCGUGGAUCCCCAUCCCCUCUGCUGGAAUACGGAGCACCGCCGGCGGGCGACAGCGUGUCACAGUACCACACGCAGGACGAGCACGGCCAGUACGCCUAUGGGUAUAUGGCGCCGCUGUACUCCAAGCACGAGACACGCACUGUGGACGGCGUCAUCCGGGGCACCUUCUCCUACGUGGAUGCCAGAGGCGAGACCCAGACCGUGGACUAUGUGGCGGACACGGAGGGUUUCCGCGUCAGCUCCAGCUCCAGCCUCAGCCAGCAGCAGGCCAACGAGGAGACGCCCGAGGUGGCGGCCCUGAGGGCCCAGCAUCUGGCUGCGCAUGCGCAGGCCAAGCUGCGGCUGGCGGGGGAUUCAUCUGCCGCCUCCGUGGAGCUGCCACAGCCCGUGCAGGAUACACCCGAGGUGGCUGCCGCCAAGGUGGCGUUCUUCAAGCGCUUCGAGGCCGAGAAGCUGCGCAAUCAACUGCUCAGCGAGAAGCAGAUCCAUCGAGUGCAAGUCGCAUCGAUCCCCGUCAGAUCCCAGCCGCUGUACGUCUAUCAGCCACUCACUGGCUAUGUCUACAAUUACCACAAGUCGCAGGGUCAGACGCAGACCCCCUCGCGGGACUACCUGCCAGUGCGCGUCUGAUCUUUGAUCUGGAUGAGAUCUUCUGUUAAUUGUUGAGCAAUAAAUGAUGCAAACUUGGAAAUUGCAAAUGAAAACGCA